AUGAGCAAGGUCAAAGCACCAAAGGCAAAAGGCAUUCCGAACAAGCACCUGCACGCACGUUCAUCUUUCCUCUACCAAGCCGCCACGUACUUGACUUUGCAAACGGCCGAGGCAACUGAUACACCACAAGGCAAACAGCCAGCACCCAAGUCGCCAAACCGCUUCUCACUUGCACUCUCACUCAGCUCCGACCUCCAGCAAGUCUCGCGAAAAGGCCAACUACGUCUCGCCGUCUCCCUAAAGCGGACGCUGUGUAAAAGCUGCAACAGUGUCCUUGUUCCCGGGCGCACUGCAACUCACAGGAUUGAAAAUGCAAGUAAAGGUGGCAAGAAACCCUGGGCUGAUGUGCUGGUUGUCAUGUGCGGUGUGUGCGCCGGCGAGAAACGGUUUCCAGUCGGUGCGGCGCCGAAGUUGAAGAAGGGGAAGAGGGAAACGGCGAGUGCGGUAGAGACGCCGAUGACUGGGGAGGAUACGCCAGUGCUUACGGGGACGGAAUGA